CGCCCGGCCUCUUCCGCCGCCGCCGUGGGAAUGGAAACAUCUAUCCAACGUACCGGAAGCCAGCUCGCGCAGAGGGCGGCGGCGCGCCACUCCGCGUCCUCCCGCGGCGAAGCCCCGCGGGUGUCAUCGCGAGACGAGCUCGCCGAAAUGGCCGCCGCCAGUCAAGGAAACUUUGAGGGAAAGUUUGAGUCACUGGACCUUGCAGAACUUGCUAAAAAGCAGCCAUGGUGGCGCACGCUCUUUGGGCAGGAAUCUGGGCCUUCAGCCGAAAAGUAUAGUGUGGCAACCCAGCUGUUAAUUGGAGGUGUCACUGGAUGGUGCACGGGUUUCAUAUUCCAGAAGGUUGGAAAACUGGCUGCAACGGCUGUGGGAGGUGGAUUUUUUCUGCUUCAGCUUGCAAACCAUACUGGCUACAUCAAAGUGGACUGGCAGCGUGUAGAGAAGGACAUGAAGAAGGCCAAGGAACAGCUGAAGAUCCGCAAGAGCAACCAGAUACCUACAGAGGUCAAGAGCAAAGCAGAGGAGGUGGUGUCGUUUGUGAAGAAGAACGUUCUAGUGACUGGUGGCUUUUUCGGAGGCUUUCUGCUGGGCAUGGCGUCCUAGAGGGGAUGACUUCACCACCAUUAGUCCUAGCUUUGCCAACCAGCAGCCUCUCCACUCCACCCUAGGACAGCAAACUCCUCCUCUUCCUCCUCCCUGCCAUGGCGUAUCUGAGUGGCUUUGUAGGCAUCUGGUGGUUCAAGUUGGGAAGGCUCCACUGUGAGCUUGACGGCAAUGGAAGAGACCAUAGAUAUUAGCGCUUAUCUAGCACACUCCCCCGGGACUCAUCUGUAGGUCAGCAAGUAUAUUCCUUUCUCGCAUAAGAUACUUAACAGAACAUAGGACAAGAUGACACGCUGAGUGGAUCUUCAAAGGUUGCCCCACACUUGAUUUGGAAAAGACAUUGCAAGCAUAUAACAUACCUCGUUAAGUUUUGCAUGGAAAGGAACUGAAUACACUGGCGUUUAAGCAUGAAAGAUUUUGCAGUUGUGGUGUCUACUUUCUCUUUUAGUAGAUUUGAGAUUACAGAAAGAGAACUACUCUUAGUGCGUGACAGUUGAAAAAUCCGAAUAUGGAAUGAACUUGUCCUAAAGUGACAUUCGAUGAGCUGAAUCUGUGUUUGGUGGGAAGGCCUUUGGGGAAACCAAGCAGUCGAUAACAUUUAGGAUGGUCAGACUUAGUGAAUCAUUUAAAGGCGUUCAGAUAUUAUCUAGGGAUGUUUUCCACCACACAGGGUAAUGCAUCUCAUGGCUGUUUCUAAAGGGUUUAUUGAUGGUAAAAUAAAUGACUUUAGGUGUAA